CUUCUGGUUCUCCUUUUAAAAGAGUAGUAGCCUUCCUCUAGCCUUGGAGGACGGAUCGUUGCAUACUCAACACGUUUCUUUCCUAUCUUUUAUUCCCUUUCUUUCUCUCUAAUAAAACGCUAAAAAAAGGCCUUCUCCUCUUGCCAUAGUGUUCAGUGAUCAUAAGUUCAUAACAAGAAAGGAAUAAGGGUAGAUAGUAAGGUAAGAUGGAUGAGUUUUCUGGUAGGAGACACAGAGUUGGGGCGGUUGUCCCCAAAAAAGGAUCUAGUCUUGUUUCCAGGGAUGCCAUUGAUAAAAGAGAUCAAAAUGCUGAAUUUUGCAAUCGUAUUGGAUGCAAUGGAAGACUUAAAUAUGGAAAGAGUAAUCAAAGUAAUUGUGCUGAGAAAUACAAAAAUUCAAGGCCUUCCUGUCAUUCUUCAAAUGGCAAGCAGAUCACUGGGAGCUCCUCAAGGACUUGUUUUCCAAUUACUAAUGGAAGAAAAUCACGACAUGAUUCUGAUUCUUAUAGGAAAUUUUCGUCUAACUUAGACAAUGAUUCUGCAGAAUCUUGUGGUGUUCAUUAUGAGCCAGCUGUUGCAGAACACAUCCCUUUAGUAAGUAGGAAUCACACAGUACAUCAGCCUGAUUUACAAGAUUCAAGUGCUGGUAAAGUCACACUGACAGAAGUAGGGAGUUUGACCACAGGAUCAAAUAAUAAAUCUCAUAGAAUAAUUCGUCACAAGCCUCCAUCUGGCUGUCAAAAGCCUCUUCCUGGUCCCUCUGUUACAUCUGUUAUUUCUACAUCAAAUAGUAUAGCUUCAGGGACUAGGAAGUACAAUGGGGGUUGGUAUGGUUUGAGAAAUUUAAGAUGCAACUCCAUAUCUGAUGUUAUCCCACAAGGUGGCUCAGCCUCAGAAUCUAAGGUUAAGAGGGAUGUUUUAAGAAAAAGAAGUCCUGAAGGACAAAUUGGUGCAUCUUCUUCCGGAAAAAGAGGUAACAUGGCUUGUUCUGAAGAUGGACAUGUCGCCGCCUCCAAUACAGGAAUUUCUGUCACUGGCUCAAGACAUGGUAGAAGCUGGGUUUCAAAUAGUGAUUCUCGCACUGCAUCUCUGAGGACUCGGAGGGCAUUGAACUCAAAUACUAGGAUCGGGCUUUCAAAUAUUGACAACAGAAAUGCUUUAUUAACCAGUGAAUCCAGUAGCAGUAUUGCACAAUUAUCUAGACCUGAAACUCCUAAUAGUGCUAAUUUACAUAGUUUAUCACAUCAAUCUUCCAUAGAAGGUUCUUCAAAUGCUUCAAGCUCCUGUGGACUAUCUGCGAGAACUGGUGGCAAUGGAACUGGUAUAAUGUCCUUGAUGCCCACAGAGCAUGGUAUUACUCAUGCUUUCCGGCGACAUAACCUGAAUGGAGUUGCUGAGGUACUAUUAGCUCUUGAGAGAAUUGGGCAGGAUGAAGAGCUGAACUAUGAGCAAUUACUUGCUUUGGAGAACGAUUUAUUUCUUGGCCACCUGAGCUUCUACGACCAGCACAGAGAUAUGAGAUUAGAUAUUGAUAACAUGUCAUAUGAGGAAUUACUUGCUUUAGAGGAGAGGAUGGGUACUGUGAGCACAGCACUCUCGGAAGAGGCAUUUGCUAAAUGCAUCACGAAAAGCAUGUACCAGACUGCUACGGUAGAUGUUGGGGCCUCUGGAUGUAGUGAGGAUGAAGCUGAUACUAAAUGCAGUAUUUGCCAGGAAGAGUAUGCAGUUGGAGAUGAAAUUGGGAAACUGGGAUGUGAACAUGGUUAUCACGUGGCAUGUAUACAGCAGUGGUUGCAGUUGAAGAAUUGGUGUCCCAUUUGCAAGGCUUCAGCUGCAACAUCCCAGUCUUCUUUGUCGUCCUAGGCAGGCUCAAGUGCCAAAUAGUAUAAGGAUGCUAAAUAGCAUACCCAUGUACAGAUUACAGUCUGGUCAUGCUUUUGCACCUCCUCCUUUUUCUCAUUAUUUUUUUCUUCUGAUAUUAAUACUUCUUCGCUACAUUCAGUUUAGUAAGCAAUAACUACAGGUCAUUGGCUCUGUAACGAAUUCUAGAUUUUUCUUUUCAAUAAAAUUUUAGCUCAUCUGCUUCAAUAUCUAA